AUGAAUGGAAUCCACGGCUGUCAGAGCAACCAUGGGUCACACCAGGUCAACAUUGGAGAACAAAAGACGACGAUAACCUACCUCCCAUCCCCAGUGACGCCAAGUGUGGCCCCGAGACCGCCGUUGCCAGACUACGGCUUCAGUUUUGGGUCCAUCAUACCACCAGACAGCGAACCAAAUGAAGCUGCUGAUCCUGCUCCUGUCUCUACCAUCCCACCGACCAUGUCCCUGUCAGAAAAGCGCGUCAUUCAUACCACUGGAAAUACGAUUCAGGGUCAGUAUGACUGUAUCAUCAAGGAGUCCAAACGGCUACGAAGCCGAUGCGUGAUUCAAUUGAGAGGUACCGUCAAUGACCAAAGGUUAUCGAUUGCGCGUCACAUCGAGACUAUUUCGCGGUGGCCUGAGGAAAUUCCGGGGCGUUCCCAAGCAAACUCUUCAUGCAACGAAACCAUUCGCUCAAGGAGAGACUGUAUCCAGAAGAACCUUGACUCCAUCUCCAAAAUGCUAAAGAUGGCCGUGAAUCAAGUGUCUGGUCUCAGGGAAUAUUGCCUGGACAGAUCUCACAGGCAGCCUGUCAAAAAAUCGCCCAACUUCAAGGCAAUUGAGGAGAGUAUCAACAAGGUUCAAAACUGCAUCACCUCUCUCGAGAGUCAAGUCUUCCAGCAUUCAGCUACUCGACGGCCUCUUGAGUCAACGCAUGGAUUCGCCAGACUCUUUAUUGCCAGUCUGGCCACGAGGACACUGUAUCGCUGUCUCUGCAGGGCGUGCCCACUGUCCGGACGUGGACAAGACCAUGAUCGUCAUAGCGCGUUGCUGUGUCUCGUCCCCGACAAGGAGCCCUUGUCCAUAGAGCCAAACGCAACGGCUUUAAUAGCGCACCUUAUCGCCAUCGAGUCUACCCUGGACAAAGGACUCAUUUGGUUCGAAGCGAACUCAAUGUUGCAGAUCCCUUGCACGCCCAAAGAUGUCAUUGACGGCAGCUGCGGAGCUUCACCCUCCGUUCUGACGGAAUUGCGGUCGAGGCGAGAUUCUGGGUAUUCCACGUCCAAGGAGGAUUUCAGCGCUUCCCGACGCAACAGCAACAUGGGAACCAAUGAGCAGAUACAAGUCUGCCCUGGAAGCUUAGCUCAGGGAGACGGCCACUUAGCCAUGUACAUGGGCGACCAAGAGAGCUGCAGACAUCAAAUAUUCUACUUGCGCGAAAAUCGACGUCCCAAAGUCGAGUCAAAACCCCUGCUACUUUCCCACAUCAUUGAACAGGGCCAACCUGGGGGUGAAAUAAAUCUGUUCAAGCAGAGUCACACGCUCAAGGCAAUCAGGUUCGAGAUGGCCACCAGAAUUGCAGAGGCCACUCUGCGGUACGGAUGGAGUGAGUGGCUGGGGGAGACAUGGGACAGCGGCAACGUCGUCUUUUAUCCCGUCGGCAAUGACUUGCUUCCUUUUCUGAAGAUUCAAAUGGGCGACCGAGGUUGCAUUGAUCACGGGAAUUCCCUGUUUUGUCUCGGCAUCGUCCUACUCGAAGUCGGCCUGUGGGAAGAGCUCAAGGGACUCAAACAACCGGGAAUUUUUGACCAAGAUCUUAUCCAACAAUAUCUGACCAGGCUGUUGAAGAAAUCAGGGGCCCAUUACCAAGAGGUCGUACAGUAUUGUUUGCAGUUUCCGGGCACUGGAGAUGGAGGUUUGGAGGAUGGAUCUUUCCAGGAGACUUUUUACCAGAAGGUGGUCAGUCCUUUGAAGAAGUUGGCAUCGUUGUAAUGGCUUGUACAAGGGAG